GGAAGGCGACAGACAUCCUUUUUUUAGCAUCUCCGCUAAAAAAGAACUUUUAUAUUUAUAUUUAUUUAUCUUGCAUAUUAAGUCCUCGAUAUACACACAGAUUUUACAAAUGUAAUCAAUUAAAACCCAGGCCAAAAUCCCAAAAACAUAAAACACGUGCCAAGUAUUUACACUAUUUAAUUUAUCCAAAAAAACAACACGUCAACCAAAGUCAAAAAACCAAUCCAUUUUUAUUGUUGACAUGUCAAAUCGUCCGCCAGCAUCGCCUUUGCCUUUGCCUUCGCUAUCGCCAGCCAGACAAAACUCUAGACGACUUUUUUCUUUUAUGAUCUAAAAGAAAAGCAUAGAACGAUUGAGAAUUUAUUUUCAAUAUUUAAUUUUAUUUGCAAUUCCUAUUUUAUGUGCAAUUUAUGUUAAAAAUUUAAUGUUUUUGAUAAAAUAAAUCAAAGUAUUAUGAGAGUUGCGGAUUUUCUUCGUCGGUUAGACGCUUACCCGCGUACACUGGAAGAUUUCAGUGUUAGGACUGUAAGCGGUGCAGCCGUUACAAUUAUCAGCACAAGCAUUGUAUUUUUCCUAAUAUGCCUGGAAUUGUAUGCGUACCUAACGCCGAAUCUCACCGAAGAGCUGUUUGUCGAUACGACAAGGGGGCACAAACUUCGCAUUAACUUAGACUUAACUGUAGCCAAUUUAGCAUGCAAUUAUCUUUCUCUGGAUGCAAUGGACUCUUCCGGUGAUCAACAUCUGCGAGUUGAUCAUCAUGUACUUAAGCAUCGAUUGGACCUGCAAGGUAAUCCCAUAAGUGAAGCGGAACCAAUUAAGGAAAUCAUUUCGGUGUCCACGUCACCAGUAAAUAAGACCUGCGGCAGUUGUUAUGGAGCACAACAAAAUGAAACUCAAUGCUGCAACACUUGUGACGAAGUGAUGGAAGCUUAUCGCUUGAAGAAAUGGAAUGUUCAACUUGAUAAGAUUGAACAGUGCAAAGAUAAGUUCAAGAGGUCUGAUAAGGAUGCCUUAAAGGAAGGAUGCCGAGUUCAGGGACAUCUGGAAGUUAAUCGAAUGGCUGGUAGUUUCCAUAUUGCUCCUGGAAAUAGUUUCUCAAUUCGUCAAUUCCAUAUACAUGAUUUUCAACUGACUGAUGUUAAGCUAACGCAUACGAUUAAUCAUUUAUCAUUUGGUGAUAAGAUUGAAUUUGCCAAUACACAUCCUUUGGACGGGCUAAAGGUCGAGAGUGAUGCAGCAACUAAGAGCGAAAUGUACAAUUACUACUUAAAAAUCGUUCCAACAAUGUACGUCAAAUUGAAUCAAUCUCCCAUCCACACGAAUCAGUUUUCGGUGACGCGCUACAGAAAAGACCUAAAUGACAAAGAACGUGGUAUGCCUGGUAUAUUCUUCUCCUACGAAUUGUCUCCACUUAUGGUCAAAUAUGAAGAAAAAUCAAGAUCCUUUGGACAUUUUGGAACAAAUUGUUGUUCGAUUAUUGGUGGAGUAUUUACCGUUGCUGGGAUAGUAGCUGUCUUCCUUAACAAUUCACUCGAGGUGAUAAAACGAAAAUUCGAAAUCGGCAAAUUAAGUUAACAAUACAACAACAAAAACGAAGAAACAACAAUUAUGAAAAAGUUUGUUCUAUUGCUCGCGUGCCUCAUUCCAUGAUUAGAAUUAGAAUUUUUCAGCUCAAAGACAAAAAAGAAAUGAAUAAAGAAGAAGAGAGAGUAUUUAUUGAAUAUUAAAAAUCUCAAAAGAAGUAAACAAAAAUAUAUGUAAAGUGUA